AUGGAAGAAGACCUGGACGAUGUUCCAUGUACAUCCCUCGCCGUCGAGUCUAUCCUUCGAGUCGGAACGGCCGGUGCAAUUUGGGGUUUGUGUACUGGUCCCUACGACGCUCGUACACAGGGUCUUAAAGGCAUUGCCCGAGCUAAGUUUGUGGCAAACUCGGUUCGCGUAUUUGGCACUCAAUGUGGACUUGUAGCAGGAGUUUUCAGCAUUACCCGCUGCGGCGUUCAGAAAUACAGGAGGCGCAAUGAUUGGGUUAAUGGUUUGAUUGGGGGAGCUGCAGCAGGUGCAGCUGUUGCUGCUAGGACACGAAGUUGGCCGCAAGUGAUUGGGAUGGCCGGUUUGGUUUCUGUUUUCUGUGCUGCAGCUGACUAUUCUAGAACAUAA